AAGCCUACAGGGACCCAUCAAUCUACAGACAGCAGCAAGGACAGACAGCAUGAGCACAGCUGGAAAAGCAAUCAAGUGCAAAGCAGCUGUGCUAUGGGAAACUCACAAGCCAUUUUCUAUAGAGGAGAUAGAAGUUGCACCCCCCAAGGCCCAUGAAGUUCGCAUUAAGAUGGUGGCCACCGGGGUCUGCCGAUCAGACGAUCAUGUGAUUAGUGGAAACUUUGUCACACCUCUUCCUGCAGUUUUAGGCCACGAGGGAGCCGGUAUUGUGGAGAGCGUCGGAGAAGGGGUGACUUCUGUGAAACCAGGUGAUAAAGUCAUCAUCUUAUGCUUACCACAAUGUGGAGAAUGUAACACCUGCCUCAAUUCCAAGAACAAUAUUUGUAAGGAAGUUAGACUGUCAGGAACACAUCUGACGUCUGAAGGCAACAGCAGAAUUACCUGCAAAGGGAAGAUAGUGUAUCAAUAUAUUACUACAGGCACCUUCUCUGAAUACAUAGUCAUAAAGGAAAUCUCAGUCGCCAAGAUUGACGAAGGUGCUCUUCUGGAGAAGGUGUGCAUAAUUGGCUGUGGAUUUGCCACUGGCUUCGGUGCUGCAAUCAACUCUGCCAAGGUGACCCCAGGCUCCACCUGUGCUGUGUUUGGCCUUGGAGGUGUCGGUCUGUCUGUCAUCAUUGGCUGUAAAACAGCUGGAGCAGCCAGGAUCAUCGGUGUAGACACCAACAAAGACAGGUUUGCAAAGGCCAAGACAGUGGGUGCCACUGAGUGCAUAGACCCUCGAGACUUUGAGAAACCCAUUCAGAAAGUCUUAUUUGAUAUGAUGAAUGGUGGAGUAGACUUCUGCUUUGAGGUCACUGGAAACCCAGAAACAGUGGAAACUGCCCUGGCCUCCUGCCACAAGGACCAUGGUGUCUGCGUGAUUGUUGGAUCAAUUGCAUCUUGGGUUCAAAUCAACAUUAGUAGCCAGUUGUUCUUCUCAGGACGAACUCUGAAAGGAUCAGUUUUGGGAGGCUGGAAAACCAAGGAUGAAAUACCUAAGCUGGUUUCAGACUGUAUGGCAAAGAAGUUUAACCUAGAUCCACUGAUUACCCAUACCCUGACUCUUGACAAGGUCAAUGAAGCAAUUCAGCUAAUGAAAAAUGGGCAAUGUAUCCGCUGUGUCCUGUUACCUUAAUUACAAGACCUGAAGCAUUUCAUCACUAACUUGCAUUCUGUAUUAUUGUUAUUUAGAAGAAUCAACCACACAACGCUUUCUACUUCCUUGCCUUUCUACUCACUCAGCAACAAUCUUGUAUCAGGCUUCUCACCUGACCACACCAUCAAAUGCCACGACCCAGUGCCAUACAGGACCAGCCUCCCAUUUACAGCCAUACUGAGGUUGAUUUGAACCACCCAAUAGCACAUUCUGCAGAUGAAGGCAUACCAAGAUGCUCCAGUGGCACAGCUGCCUCUACGUCUGGACCCACAUUUCCUCACCCACUCAUCUUCCCCACACUGGAUGGAUCUACACAUGAAUCUCUGUAUAUUGUCCACAAGAAUCAGAAUUCCCACCAGAGAAGCUACUGAAACUGAUAAACAACUGAGCAAACUUUUAGGUCGCAAAACCAACACACAAGAAUCAAUAGUGUUGUUAUAUGACAAUAGCAAGUUGCCUGAUAUGGAAAUAAAAGAAGCAAUCUCACAAUCACUGCGAGACUGAUUUCACAGAUAAAUUAAUUAACUAGGA